AUGCCAUGCAAUAAGCCGGAGUUCUGCGGCCGUCAUGUCCAGGAUGACCGCAUGAUUGACAAGAAAAAAAACGCCAGGUGCGGGCACGAAGGUUGCGGCAAAGUGGCGUCGUUCGGCGCGGCGGGUAGCAAGAAACGCGAGUUCUGCGCUCCGCACGCUCCCCGUUCUAUGGUCGACCUCGUCAGCGUUACGCGGUGUGUUCACCCGGGUUGCCCCAAGCACCCAUCGUACGGCGUGGAAGGCAGCAAAAAUGCUCAGUUCUGCUCGGCACACGCGCCUUCGGGGAUGGCUAACCUUCGUUCGAAGAGAUGCAGCCAUCAAGGCUGCACCAAGCAGCCGUCGUUCGGGGCGCCCGGAACGAAGAAGGCAGAGUUCUGCCUCGCUCACGCGUCGCCGACGAUGGUCGACGUGUUCAGCAAGCGGUGCGCUCACCCAGGUUGCAACAAGGGUCCGUCCUAUGGCAAAGACGGCGACAAGAGAGCGUCGUUCUGCAGCGAACACCGUCUUCCAGGAAUGGUGGUCGUCGGUCGUAGAGUAUGCAGUCACCAGGGCUGCAGGACAAAACCGUCCUAUGCGUCCCCAGGCGCCCAACGGGGUGAGUUCUGCGCGCGGCACGCUUCGAAGGGGAUGGUGGACGUUGUCUCCAAAAAAUGCGAGCACUCCGGCUGCUUCAAGUACCCAUCAUUCGCCGCCGAGGGCAGCAAAAAGCCCCAGUUCUGCGCCCAGCACCGACUGGAGGGGAUGGUCAACGUGAGCAGGAGGCGGAGGUGUAGGCACCAAGAUUGCUACAAGGAACCGUCGUACGGCGAGCCAGGGACCAGACACAGGGUCUUCUGUGCCCGGCACGCUCCGCAGGGGAUGGUUUCUAUGCAUAAUCAGAAGAAGGGGAACGGUGUGCGCAAAAGGAGGAGCCCGGCAGAGAAUGACACAGUAAAGCAAGAAGAAGGAGCGAGAACACCGGGUACUGCUUCUGCGGGAAGCAUCCUUUCAGCCGAUGACACGGCUGCGGUAGCGGGACCCUUUGUGGGCUUCGUGACAAAACGAAGGAGAGUGAAUGGGCCCGCAGCUAAUUUGGCUCGAGGACCGACACAUGCGCGGGCUCUCUCUCGAGGUGUCCCGCACUGGGAUCCCCAAUAG